CUGGUACCAUCACACACCCGGCACUCAGUCCCAGGCUGUGCACAGGUGGCUGGUGCUCUGUAGCUCUAGAAGUUCCUCCAUGUUCUCUGGCCUCGAGGCCCCCAUAGUGGGGCUCACAGGUCCACCCCAGGACCCGGGUGCCCCAGCUCCUGCUCCUGCCGGGACCCUCACGGCCAGCCUUAUUGCAGGUGUCCUGCGGAGCUCAGCCCUCAUGCUCUUCCUGUCCCUCGCCGCUCACUGUUCUGGGCCCCAGGCCAAGGGUCUUUGCCCCGGAGGGACGGAUGCCAGCAGGGCCGACCUGUGGGCCAGUGCCAACCGCUCCCAGCUGCAAGGCUUCUGGUGCCAGCCGGCCAGCCAGCUGCCCCGGGACCAGCUCUCAGCCCUGAUCCGGAGGCUGGCUUCAUUGCAGGUGCCCCUCCAGGCCUGGCAGCUCGGCUGCCUGGCCAACUUGGCGUCACGCUGCGGCCUCCAGGACGACUUCAUGCUCCACCCGCCCAGCCUGCUGCUCUUCUACAACCUAAGCCAGCUUCGGGCAGACGACUGCAGGGCCUUCAUCCGCCGCGCCACCCAGGGGGACCUGGAGCUGCUGGACCACCUGCCUGACCAGAGGGUCGCCCUGCGGCGUGCGGCCCUGGCCUGCUUGGCGGGGCCCCUCCCUCGGCUCAGAGCCUCUGACCUGCAGCUGCUCGGGGUCCUGGUGUGUGACAUGGACGCAUCCAGCAUCGCCACAGCAGAUCCCCAUGUGCUGGAGAACCUGCAGUGUUGCCCCCAGCUGACUGCCGACCAGCGCACUGCCCUCAACUCCCUGCUGGCUGGCGGGAGGACCCAGCUCGGGCCCCCUGGCUCCUGGACGGUGGAGAAGCUGCAGGCCCUAGGCCCCCUGGCUACUUACAUCAGCCCCCACCUGUGGGCGCAGGUGCAGGAGGCCGUGGGCCUGGGCUUCUUCCACAGUGUGGUGGCUGCGUGCCGGACGGGGAGGCUCAGCCGGCACGAGGCCAGGCGCUUCGUCUCCAGCUUCCUGGAGUCCAAGGCCAAACCGGUAUCCUCCGGGCAUAGGCUCCGCACAGGGAGAGCCUGCGUCCGAGGCCACAUCACAGCUGCCACGCUGCAGGACGACCUCUUCCUGGUGCACUAUGACUGUGGGCAGCUCGAGUCCUGCCUGGACAGCCGCGUCCUCACAGCCAACCUGGACCCCCUGCUGCAGCACCCGCUCCCCGCCGAGUGCCAGCGCGUGGUCAAAGCCAAGCUCACACAGAUCUACCCUGGAGGCCUCCCGGAGGCCCAGCUGCGGCUCAUCACCUCGCUGGUCUACCUGUACUCAGGCGCGGAGAUUGGCCAGUGGAACAUCACCUCCAGGGACACGGUCGUGGCUCUGCUGGCCUCAGACGUGGCCCUGGAGAACCAGACCUCGGCCGUGCUGCAGAAGUUUCUGGAUCACAAUGGCACAGUCUCCAGCGCCUUGCUGCUGGCCAUCGGGGGUGCCCGCCUGUGCUGGAUGAGUCCUCAGCAGAUCCAGACCAUCCCUCCCCAGGAGCUCCGGCUGGCCGGGGCCCUGGACGUCUCCUCCUGCCCCCAGAGCCGGAAGGACGUACUCUACACCAAGGCCCAGGAGGCCUUCGGCAGCAGCAGGACCCCGGCAGCCUACUACCGCCUCAUGCGCCCCUACCUCGGUGAGCCCUGGUGGUGGGCGGGCACCCCCCCCAAAAGCCCCGCCCCUGCUCACCCCCGUCCUGUAGGCGGCGCACCGGCGGAGGAGCUGCGGCAGCUGGCCCAGGCCAACAUCUCCAUGGACAUCGACACCUUCACCGGCCUGAACCCCCGUGUGCUGCAGAGCCUGGAUGUCAGCACCGUGAUCGCGCUGCUGGGUCCCAAUGUGGGGGACCUGCAGAAGGCACGCAGCCACCCCGCCGUCAGGUCCUGGCUCCGCAGCCUCAGUAGCUCUGCCCUAGGCCAGCUGGGCCUGGACACUGAGCACGCUGGCCCCACCGGCUCAGCCCACGCCACCAGCGGGCUCCCCAGCACCACGCCCCAGGCGCCCCAUCUGGCCCACACCUCAGGCCUGCCUGGGAACGCUGCCCAGGCCUCCACCUCAGGCAGCCUGUGGACCCCCCUGGGGUACCUGCCCCUGGCAGUGGCCCUGCCCUCCAGCCUCCUGUGGCUGCUGCACUGGGGAACGUCAGGACCCGCCCCGCACUGCUCCCCAGGCCCCUGUACCCUGGGUUCUGUGGACGUCACUGCCUCGGGGUGGCUGGGUUCACAGGGGUCAGGUGCAGGAAAAACAGGGCUGCUGGGUGCAGCAGGAUGCCCACUUGGGAUGAGGGGCAGGCUCUAAGCCAGGCCGACCGACUUGAGCCCCACCUCCUAGGCCACCCUGCCCAUCCCCUCCUCCAGGCCCUGGGAGCUGGACUGAGGACCAGGCCUAGAGGAGGUGCCUCCCACACACACAUCCACAGGCCCAGGCUGCCCACAGAAGACGUCGCCC